CCCACACCAAAGAAUCGCCCACCAGGUGCCACUCCCUUGGGAAUUGCUUCACCAGUGUGAACAACCGUAGAGAGGGGAAGGGUGCAGCUGAGGGAGAUGGAGCCACUUCUGGUGUAGAUGGGAGGAGCGGUGCUGCUGGUGGCGACAGUGAGACUCAUCACGACGAUGAUACUUGUGGCGAUGACGGCAAUCCUGACAACAAUGGCUCCAGUACCGAUGCUGGCACUCGUGACGACAACGACUCCUGUGCAGAUAGAGGCACCGGUGGCAGUAGGAUUGUUGUGCAUGCUUCCAGUGACCCUGGUUGUCUGACGCUGAGUGGCCGGCCAGCCAUGAAGUCAUGGUGUUCCUGGGAAGGCAUGCGGGAGCACAUGGACCUGAAUGCAGUGGGCAUGGGCAAGGGCAUGCCGAAUUGUACCUGCCGUGGCAGCCACGGCCCUUGCAUCCUGCCUCCUGACCAGCCCGUGCGCCUGAUGGUGGCUGUGGAAGACACAGGUACCGGCAUCCCGCGCCACGCUCGGAGGCACAUCUUCCGGCCGUACACACAGGCAGAGCGCAGCACGGCACGGCUGCAUGGAGGCACGGGCAUCGGCCUCUCCAUCUGCAAGCGCCUGGUCACUCCUCCCCAAACCAACACUUCUUCUCAUGCCCCUGUCGUUCCUCCCUCUCUCUCCCUCCCUCGCUCCCUGCGUACUGCAUCUCCGACCUCUUCUCCACCCCCCACCACUCCCUCUGCCACACCCACUCCCACUCCCUCUGCCCGUGCAUGCAUCCCCUCUCCUCUUCCUCAAAGCUCCUUCCACGUGCCCCCCCAAGACACAGGCAACCAGCAACAACAGCAGGGGGCAGCAUGUGGGUUAGAGGGUGUGUGUGUGGGGAGUGGUGGGAGGGCGGUGGGUGAGCUAGAGGGCGUGUGCGUGGUGACUGGUGGGAGUGGUGAAAGGGCGGCCUGUGGGCUAGAGGGAGUGUGUGUGGUGAGUGUGGACGACCGGCCGGAACAGGAGCAGGAGGAUGGGAAGGAGGAUGAGCAGGAGGAGGGGAAGGAGGAGGACCAGGAGGAGGGGAAGGAGGAGGAGCGGGAGGAGGGGAAGGAGGAGGAGCGGGAGGACGGGAAGGAGGAGGAGUGGGAGGAGGGGAAGGAGGAGCAGUGGGAGGAGGGGAAGGAGGAGGAGCGGGAGGAGGGGAAGGAGGAGCAGUGGGAGGAGGGGAAGGAGGAGCAGUGGGAGGAGGGGAAGGAGGAGCAGUGGGAGGAGGGGAAGGAGGAGCAGUGGGAGGAGGGGAAGGAGGAGCAGUGGGAGGAGGGGAAGGAGGAGCAGUGGGAGGAGGGGAAGGAGGAGCAGUGGGAGGAGGGGAAGGAGGAGCAGUGGGAGGAGGGGAAGGAGGAGGAGCAUCACAAGGCUGCACUAACCUCUGAGCCCUCUCCUGCUGCUUCAUCUUUCUCGCACUUCCCUCCUCUGCAGUCUCCUCGUCCCACAACCACCCAGCCCCCUCGUGCUCCACACUCCGUCUCCCACACAGCCCCAUCAACACCUCACCCAUCAGCUCCUCAUGCUGCUUCUCCCCUCAACUCUCCUCGCUCCAAGGCACAUGCAACCUGGACACAACUCGCUCCUCUUGAGACUUCUCAAAAGGCACAUGCAACCCUCACACGACUUCCAAAUCCCACUCACCUCCCACCUCUCACUUCGCAACACUCCACAAGCACUCCGCCUGAUCCGUCGCUCAACCCCCAGUUUCCCGGCUCACAAGCCAACACAGGACCAGUCAACACCCACUCAUGUCCUCCUCCUGAGCCUCCCCUCGAGCCUCCUCUCGAGUUAUCGAGUCACCCUCUUGAGUUGUUGACCCAUUCUCUCGAGUCGAUGAAUCAUCCUCUUGAGUUGAUCAGUCAUCCUCCUCCUCUCAAGCUGUUGAGUCAUCCUAACGAGCCUCCUCUCGAACCGUUCGGCUCGCCGGCUGUUCUUGUGGCUCCUUUCACCUUCCGCCCCUCUGCCUCCACCCCUUCUGCCUCCUCCGCCCCCUCCUCCGUUUUCUCUUCCUCUCCUCUUUCCCGCCAGUUCUCCUGCCCUCCUCUUUCCAUCAGUGUCUGCCCUUCGAGCAAGAAUGACAUGGGUGGAAGGGCGGAGCAGCAUGAGGAUGAGGGAGCGGAGAAGAGGAGAGGGGAGGAGGAAGGAGAAGUGGAGGAGGAGGAAGGAGAAAGAGAGGAGGUGGACAGAGAGGGGGGAGUGCAGCAGCGGGUGCACUACAAGAGCUUGAGGAAGGCGCAAAGGCGGGGAUGGGUGGGGGCGGUGGUGGUGGAGGGGGAGAUGAUGCAACGGCUGGGCGUCACAGCAGAUCAAAUCCAUUCACUCUUGACGGACCAGGGGGGACUUGGGAUGGCAGGGUCUGACAAACCGUUGACCGAGCGAGAGCAGAUGAGUGUGGAGAACGUGGAUAGGAGAGAGCCAACGAGCAAGGGAGGACACAUGAGUGGGGCCAGGGAGGAAGAGGCGGAGAUGACAAGAGAGGGAUUGAGCGGGUGUGCAGUGGAGGAGAAACCGCAAGGCAGCGACCGCAAAGGCAGCGGCCCGCAAGGCAGCAACCCUAAAGCCUGGCCCGUCCCCUUCCUUGUGCUCCUGCACUGCUCUCUCCCCCUCCCACCCACCUCUCUUGCCGAAGGCCUUGCUUUGACUGACAGUUUCAGCCCUUACGAGAGGAAUGCUUAUAAAGGGGACAGUUUUUCCCAUGAACUGGAUUCGGACUGUCACAGGGAGGGGGACGGGGGAGGAGGAGGAGCAAGGGGAGGCAAGGACGAGGAUGCAGCACAGGGAGGAUCGAGGGAGGGAGACGAGGGGCAUGCUGUGGGAAAGAGUGGUUUAGUGAAGUUCAGCCAAGAUCCUUCCCACCACCAGCAGCAGCAGCAGCAGCAGCAGCAGCAGCAGCAGCAGCAGCAGCAACAGCAGCAGCAGCAACAGGAGCAACAGUCACUCGAUUCCCCUCGCUUGUUUAAGUUGCGCCCCUCUCACUCCCCCAACGCUUCCAAUACUCCUACCACCCCCACCACCCCAACCACACCAACCACUCCCACGUCUGACUCGGCCAAAGCUAUGGUACCGGCCCAUCUGCCUCUCCACCUCCUCUCCCCUUCUGCUGCUGCUGCUGCUGCUGCUGCUGCUGCUGCUUCUGCUGCUGCUGCUGCUGCUGCUGCUGCUGCUGCUGCUGCUGCUGCUGCUGCUGCUGCUGCUGCUGCUGCUGCUGCUGCUGCUGCUGCUGCUGCUGCUGCUGCUGCUGCUGCUGCUGCUGCUGCUGCUGCUGCUGCUGCUGCUGCUGCUGCUGCUUCUGCUGCUGCUGCUACCGUCGGCCGUCAACGCUCCCUAGAGCCAGGGACCUUGUCCCUGCGUUCCGAUGAUGGUGCAUCCAGGGACGAGGCUGUUCCAGACAUGCAUGGCCCAGACCGCAGGCUCCAGGUCUGUGAGGAAGAGACAUCUAUAGGAGGGCAGCAGCAGCAGCAGCAGCAGCAGCAGCAGCAGCAGGGCAUGGAUGGCAGCAGUGCCUCGUUGGCUAAUCGAUCUGCUUCCCUUGAGCACCUGGUAGAAUCGUUUGCACCUGCUGCACCUGCUGCUACUGCUUCAGCAGGUUCGGCAUCAGGUGCUGCUGCGUUGGCAGGUUCGGCAUCAGGUGCUGCUGCGUUGGCAGGUUCGGCAUCAAGUGCUGCUGCGUUGGCAGGUUCGGCAUCAGGUGCUGCUGUUUCGGCAGGUUCGGCAUCGGAUGCUGCUGCUCCGUCAAAUUUGGCGUUGGUUGGCAGUACAGUGGGUGGAGGUGGUAAGCUGACGGGAG